AUGUCGACUCUUCUCGCAUUCGUUCUCGUCGCUCUCGUCGCUUCAAUGGAAGCGAAAGUUUUUCGGUGCCCAUUCAGGCACGCACAUCAUUCAAGAAGAAAUUGUGAACGAUCAGAUGAUUUCCGGAAAUUUGUUGAAGAACAUCCGGAAGAGAAAAAUCGCCGCCCUGACAUCCACCCUCACACCGAAGAUAUUUAUGAGCAAGAACAGGUUAGUUAUCUCAGAAAUUUAUCCGAGUCAUUUAACAAUUCCAAUUUUUAGCUCAAGUAUUGUUGUUAUGAAGAACAGUGUCUUGAAGAAUGCGGCUACAAUAUCAACGAACUAUACAAAAAUAAUUAUGCCAAGUACAUCCCUGAAAAUCCUGCGAAACUCAUAGAGGCUGAUGAAUACAAACAAUUUUUUAACUACAUUGAUCCAACUGAAUUCACCAUGCUGGCCACAGCCGAUGCCAGGAUAGUUGGUUUUUGGAAGAUACGAGCCACCCACUUCAACAAACAGAAACCAAGAAUCGACCGCCACAUUGCGAGAAAAAUGAAAGGCUAAACAAGAUCAAUAGAUGUUAUUUGUAGAAUUGUUUUUUGAAACCUCGUAGCCUCUCCCGAUCCUCCUUCUUGUUCCUCUUUCAUGCGUUUUUUGAUAUUUGAUGAACCAAUAAAUUAUUUUUAUUUUAAAAAUGUGUUCAUGUUUUUUAUGUAACAUUACAGGGAAAAGCUUCAUCUAUUUCUAGAAUGGAAACCUUCAGACUCGACUCGAGUUGUUUGAACUCCUCAGAGAACACUAGAACUUACAGUCUUUUGAAACUAGCAAUUAUGCUUUAAAGGGGGGUAAGACGACAAAAUUUUAUUUGCUCAAUGAAUCGGGCUCCCUUUGAAUAGUAAAAGCCCCAGGGGAUUUUUUCUCGAAGGGCCUAAAAAGGUCCGAAAAAAUAUUCCAUGAACUUUUUUCAACGUAUAGCUAUACGUUGUCCGAAAGUUUAUGGAAUAAUUUCAACGUAUAGCUAUACGUGGUACCUAGUUUAUGGAACAUUUUUUCUGAGCGUUUCCAGAAAAAAUCCCUUGGAAGGUUUUACUACUUUUGGGGAGCCUUUAACUUUGCGACAAAAAAAAUUUGUCGUCUUACCCCCCCUUUAAUUUCAGUCAAGGUAAUAUAAAUAUACCUUGGAAUCUGAUUUUGCUAGAGAAAACAGCGGAAACUUGCGGAAAAUUGAAAUUUGGCCUUGCUUCCUGGAUUCAAAAAACCAUUCAAUUAUCAGUAAUGGAUAGAUUAUCCUGAAUUACAUAUAGAUGUUUUUCAAGCCCAGAUUAUCCUUUGUAUACUAAAAAUAUAUGUUUUGCGCAAGUACUUAGAAGAGCAUCUCAAAGUACACCAGGAAAUUUUGAAAAUCCACGUAUCCCUUGUGAAAUCCUUGAUUUUUCCGUAGUAUAGACAUCAGAUGUUUCAAGCACAACAUAUUCGAAAAAAUCAGCUGCUCUUAUUUCUACAGUAGCCCUUGAGUUCUUCUAACUCAUAUCUAGAGAGUAUGAAAAAUCGAGAGACGCAGACAAAUUGUACAUUCACCUUGUGAAAUUCUUGAUUUUCGGUCAGAUAUGAAGUAGUUUAAUGUUUCAAGCACAAAAUAUUCGAAAAAAAUCAGCUGCCCUUUAAAAAUAGCCUUUUUUGUGCUAGUCACGAUUUACCGUAAUUCCUCGAGUUCAAGAAAUCGUACUUCGUAAAAUCUACAAUUUUUGUCUUUGUAGACAAGGUGAAUGUACAAUUUGUCUGCAUCUCUCGAUUUUUCAUACUCUCUAGAUAUGAGUUAGAAGAACUCAAGGGAUACUGUAAAGGCAGCUGAUUUUUCUCAAAUAUUUUGUGCUUGAAACAUUUUCAGAUUUGACCGAAAAUCAAAGAUUUCACUAGGGAUACGUGCAUUUUCAUAACUUCCUGGUGUACUUUGAGAUGCUCUUCUACUUUCAGUAUACAAAGGUUAAUAUGGGCUUGAAAAACAUCGAUAUGUAUUUUUUUAAUCCCGGAAGCAAGGCGAAAUUUAAAUUUUCCGCAAGCGGAAAUUUGCGGAAUAUAUACAUGGAAAAUGUUGUUCUACACAUUUGCCACGUCAUAGCUCACUGAAUUUUGAGCUUAAAAUGUACCCAACAUGUAUUUUUGGAUUUAUCAUAACUUUCCGAAUGACAAUGACAAAAAUUAGGUAUUUUUCUGUUAUUUUUAGCGUCAAAUUUGCCACGUCAUAGAGGUGCUUUGGGAUUUCAGAGGAUUUUCAAGUAAUUUUUUCAAUUAAACCCGAAAAGAGUUCUUCUAACUCUGUGCAACAAAAUAUCUAGAGAGUAUGGAACAUGGAGAGACGCAGAAAAAUUGUAGAUUUUACGAGGUACGAUUUUUUGCACUCGAGGAAUUACGGUAACUCUAUGACUAACACGAAACAUUGGCUAUUUUUGGCUGUCCGGAAAAAAACUCAUCAAAACAUGAAGAAACACAAAUUAAAAUUUGAAAAAAAAACAAAUAAAAAAUGAAAAAAAAAUGUUUGAUCUACCCGCCAAAACUUGCAGGUUUUUGAAGCAGCCGGAAGAUUUCCCCGGUUUUUGUCAUCAUUUGAAGCACCAACCUACAAAACGGCCCUUUUUAAUAUUUUGGACGGAUUGUAGGCUGAAAUACUCGACUUCAAGUUUCUAAGUAAGUCUCUAACUUCAGCUUGAAAAUAAAAAUUAAAGAUGAGAAAAUUUCGAUUUUCAGAACCAUUCGAGAGGAAACUGCGAACGGACUGA